ACUCGACCAUCGCUCCUCGGUUCCCACCAAAUCAAGACCCUGGUGCCGCUCGUUCAAGUCAACGGCCACGAUUCCACACUCCGUCAUCAACUCCCAAUGAUGUCAUUUUUCCUCUUACGUUGAAAACCAAAGCCCAGGUGAUCUAAACCAUCCAUAUUCAUCAAACGGUGAGAAGUAACAGAACUGCAUCAUCCUUGACGCUGACGCAUCAUACCUAACGGAAGUUGAAUCUAAGCGAAGAAAAUCGGAAUCCUACAUACCCGCGUAAAAAUGCAGACGCGCCGUGCAUGAUCCACCGUUCUGCAACCCUAGAAUCAGAUCCACAUUGAGGAAGCAGAAACUGUCCUUGUUUUUUUGUUGAUUUUUGGAAUUCCUUUUGCAUUUGAAAUUUAAUGUGGGAAGCAAAUUUGACGUAUUAGAACAGCAAUCAUGGCGGGAAAGAGUGACGCGGUGUCGGUUAAGGUUCCGCACAGGAACCUGAGGAAAGAGGGAGAGAUGGAAAUGGUGGACGAGCCUCGACAUUGGAUCCAUCACAAUUCGUCUUCUAAUUCCACUCUUCCGCCAUCUCCGACGGUUCUCAACGGGAGCCCCGAUUUAUCGUCUCCGAUGGACGUCAGCUCGAGGCACCAGUGCGGCUUGAUGACUCUCAUUCUUAGUUGUACGGUAGCAGCCGGGGUUCAAUUCGGUUGGCCCUUGCAGUUAUCGCUGCUGACUCCUUACAUUCAGGUGCGGUCUUUAGAUUUUGCUCUGCAAUUCUUGAUUCGUGUUUUGUGUCCAUCAUUAAGAACCUGUUAGAGGAAUUGAGUAAAUUUUAAAUAAAAGGCAAUACGUUCU